AUGGACACCAAAGAGAAACACGCGAUGAUCCGCGACAUCGGUUUACAAAUCGUUAUGAUACUCGCAAUGAUCUUAAUCUUCCUCAGUAUGCACGGUAUUCCCCAGAAGUUUCUCGCCAAACUCCGAAUCCGCAACCGAACCGGUAUCAAAGCAAAGCGUCACUUCGUAAGAGGCGCUCAGCUUCUCACACAAGCUAGAUCUUCCAAAAACAAAUCCAGAUCCGCCAUUAACCAGCUCGCCAACGAAGCCCUAGCCGAAGCCGAAAAAGCAAUCGAACUCGAUCCUAAAGACGCCGCUUCGUAUCUUCUCAAAGCUAUGGUCCUGGAUCUUCAAGGUUUUCGAACCUCCGCUCUUGAAUCGCUCGACGCGGCGUUGUCUCCUCUCGCUGCUGGUUCUCUUGCUGAGGGAGAACGUGGUGACGCGUUGUUUAAGAGAGCUGAGUUAAAGCUCGCGACGAGUGAACGCGGACGAGUUGACUCGGCGCUUGCGGAUUUGACUGAGUCGGUGAUUUUGAGUCCGAAGAACGCGAAAGCUUGGUGUGCGUUGGGGGAGUGCUAUGAAGGGAAGAAAAUGGACGAGGAAGCUAAGAAAGCGUACAAGGAGGCUCUUGAGUUGGAGCCACAAUUUUCUGUACCGGUAGAAGCACUUAACAGCAAUGGAGAAAAGUCUUGA